GUGAUCAAACAGUUCGAAAUAGACCUCUUUGAUAAGCAAAAGGCCGCCUUCUACUCAAAUAAGCGCCAAUUAUGUCACUCCUCCCCCGAAUAUCCAUGAUAUUAUGCGGCUGAUGGCCGAAAUUGAUCGUCGUGUUGCAGGAAAUGUCAGUGGUGGCUGUUGUUUUGGAACCCGUCUCGUCAACAUCUUAGAGGCUGUCCAAGCCGCCACCUUGAAUUUAUUUCUAAAACCUCCUGAAUUAGGCAUUAGAAGCAAGAUAUUAGCUAUUAGUGAAGAUGGUUUGCGUGGCGAGAUUAGCAGAGCAGGUAUAUGAGCCGAAGGCUGUCUAGACGUAACCCACACAUCUAACUUGUUGUAAAUAGAGAAUUCCUGUAUACUCGCUUACUGUACCGGCACA